GAGAAAGAGAAAGAGUUAAUGGUUGAAUCUUUACCGAGAAGAAAAAUGAAUAUGUCAUGUUAACUUGACCAGUGACAGAAAUAUGGCAUAAAGUUUUGUAACCCUGGCAGUUCCAAAUUUAGUAAGUAAUGACCAAACUCUCACCACUAUCUCUCCAAUAGGAUUCCUUUUCUUAACUUUACAAAAUUUAUGCAUUCUCUCUUUCUAUAUACUCACUCAAAUAUCCCUAUAUACUAUUAGUAUUACUACUCUCUCAUCAUCAUCAUCACUCACCAUUUUUCUUCUCAAGUCAUUCUUCUCUCUCUCUAAAAUAGGUCAUUUCUUUAUAUAUAUGAUUGUUUCGUUUUGAUAACAUGAUGAAGAGGAACAAUAUGAACACAAACUUGAAAGGCUAUCAUCAAACUUAUUAUAAUAGUCCUAUUAUCACCAACAAGAGUCCUUCAUCGUCGUCGUCGGAGGAUUAUAUGAUGAAUGGUUUUCAUCCAUGGCCACCAAGAUCAUACACAUGUAGCUUUUGUAGAAAGGAAUUCAAAUCGGCUCAAGCACUUGGGGGUCACAUGAAUGUUCAUAGGAGAGAUAGAGCAAGGCUUAGACAAUCAUCACCUCCACCAACUCACCAUGAACUUCAAACUCAAACUCAAACUCAAGGUUCUUCUAUGCUUAACCUUAAUAAUAACCCUACUAACCCUAAUAACUUUUUCUCAAACUCAUCAUUGUUGCAACCAUGUUCUUCAUCUUCUUCUUCCUCUUUAGCAACAACUCUUAAGCCUAUUACUUGCACAUUGCCUUUGUUUGUUGUGGAUGGCAUUUUGUUGAACCCUAGUUUGAGCGCGAUGACGUCGGAGAAAUCGAAGAUGGAAGAAUGUGAUGUUUUUGCAUGUGAAGAUGAUCAUGAGUGUAGAAUGUUGAAGAAAGGUGAGAAUAUUAUAAGGAUGGAUUUGGAGAUUGGUUUGCCUGGAGAUUAUGAUAACUUGGAUCUUGAGCUUCGUUUGGGUACUACUGCUUAUUCUAAUUAGGUCACAAUGUUUCAUCAUAUUAUUGUAUUAACUAGUUUUUUUAAUUAAGGUUUAAUUAGAGGAGAAUGGAUUGUUAUUUGA